GACUGUCGGCGUAUGAAUUAUGAUCCAAACAAUCUCCCUCUUCCUUUCUCUCUCUAAAAUCUACUCAUCUCUAGAGAGAGAGAAACAGUUUUACUGGUUCUUCUUCUUCUCCUUUCUUCUGAUUCAAUAAAAAAAACAGAAACACAAUAAUUAUUGGCAGCCAUUACUGCUCAACAUAAUCACGCCGCAUAAUCCAUCACUACCAUUUAUUGCCAUUAUUAUGCCAGCCUCACACUCAAACAGAGAGAAUUAAAGUUUAGUGUAGCAGCAGCGCAAUUAAGCACAAGAUUGAAGCAAAAACAAACAGAGAGCAACACCGUUUAUAUAUAUUAUGAGAUCAACAUUGCGGAGCUAGAAAUGGUGUCAUGAUUGCCGUUGACGAUCGGAAGCUGAAUUCUCUUGUUGUGUGGAUCGGGAGAGCUAGCAAUGGGGUCUAGAAUGGAUCAGUAUGAGAUCAUGGAGCAGAUCGGUCGCGGAGCGUUUGGUGCUGCUAUUCUUGUUAACCACAGGGCUGAGAAGAAGAAAUAUGUGUUGAAGAAAAUUAGGCUUGCGCGGCAGACUGAACGUUGCAGAAGAUCUGCUCAUCAAGAGAUGGCGCUUAUUGCUCGAAUUCAGCACCCCUACAUUGUUGAAUUUAAGGAGGCAUGGGUUGAGAAAGGAUGUUUUGUCUGCAUUGUUACUGGAUAUUGUGAAGGUGGAGACAUGGCUGCCUUGAUGAAAAAGUCAAAUGGGGCUUACUUUCCAGAGGAGAAGCUCUGCAAGUGGAUUACUCAAUUACUGUUGGCAGUAGAAUACCUACAUUCAAAUUUUGUUUUACACCGUGACCUGAAGUGUUCCAACAUAUUUCUUACCAAGGAUCAGGAUGUUCGCCUAGGGGAUUUUGGGCUUGCUAAGACACUAAAAGCAGAUGAUUUGACUUCUUCGGUGGUAGGAACUCCCAACUACAUGUGUCCUGAACUGCUGACAGAUAUUCCUUAUGGAUUCAAAUCUGAUAUUUGGUCAUUAGGAUGUUGUAUAUAUGAGAUGGCUGCUCAUCGCCAUGCUUUUAAAGCCUUUGAUAUGGCAGGACUGAUAAGCAAGAUAAAUCGUUCCGCUAUUGGUCCUUUGCCUCCCUGUUAUGCCCCAUCCUUGAAAACACUGAUAAGGGGCAUGCUGAGAAAAAAUCCUGAGCAUCGUCCAACAGCAUCUGAAAUCUUAAAGCACCCUUAUUUGCAGCCUUAUGUUCAUCAAUAUCGUUCAUCUUUCUGUUCUCCAACAGCCAGUUCUCCUGAAAAGCUAAUAUCUGCUGCCCAUGGUUCUCAGAAAAAUAUGGCAGGAAGUCAAAACAGUAGUAGUACAAGUAGUGACAAAGAUAGUUUGAUGUCAAAUGAGAGAAACAUUACAAAAGCAGUCCCAAAGUGUGAGAGCGAAACCACUGAGGCAGACCUGGAAUCAUUUGAUGAUGAUAGCUCUGAGCUUCCUCUGCCCAGUGAAGAAGGAAGUAGCUCCAGUAAUGUCAAUACCAAAACAGAUAAACAGGAAGUUAUGAAGCAAACUCACAAAGAGCGCCAUUCUAAUGCUGUAUUUAAGCAACCAAAAAAAACGAAGAACAUAGUGAUGGCAUUAAAAGAUGAAAAAGUUAGAGAGACAAGUUCUCCCCUGAGAAGCAAUAGAAUAAAGGCUGGUGGCGUAUCAACACAGAAAAUUAAUACAGAAACUGAAACACCGUCCAAAUUGCCCAAGCCUAAUUUUGGUGUUUCUGCUUUGAAGCCUAAUUUAGAUGUGGCAACUGAUGCACCUUCAAAAGCUACCCCUGAUUCUGCAAAACAGAUGCAGGGACGACAUACUUCAAAGCAUCAGUUACCGGUGAUAAAUUCAACACCAAAAAAUAGACCUCGAUAUAAUGUGACUUCAUCUGGUCCAAUUAAACACAUAGACGAUCAUGGAGUUCCAAUAAGGUCUAAGCAAAAGACUCCUCCAAGCUCACUUAAACCACCUUCAUUUCCAGGACGUAUGAGGCAGGCUGGGCUCGACAAUCCAAAUGUCGCAAAUGAUACAGGAAAGUCAAGUCAAAAUAAAAUAGCUCAGGAGGCUAAGAUGAGUCAUCAACAGUUGACUAACGGCCAUCCACAACAUAUUUCUAAGGAAUUUACUAGAGAGCCUUUGAAGGCUUUUGAAAGUAGUUCCAAAGGAAUAGAGACUAAAAGCAGCAAUUCUGUCUCAUCUUCAGUCUCUAUUCAAGGAUUCGAACUUUCUGACUUUGCAACCACUUUUAUUGACUUGAGUGCACCAAUGCUUCCUGAUCAUGAGUGUUCAAACCACCCUGAAAAUGUGGAAUCACAUCCAAAUAGCAGCUCACCUCCUCAAAAUUUGUCUGGGGAAACCUCUCUGCUUACACCAAAUUUUCGGCAUGCAACAAUUACUAGUAUUGAGAAAGUGAGCCCCAGUUUAACUCUUGAUCACUCAGUUCAAGAUUCUCAGGUAAAGUUUGCUUCUGAUGAUAGUUUUCUCAGAAAUCAAACAACUACACCUGCUGCCUCCGGGUGUGAUAAGAGAUCUGUAGAUCCCUCUGCAGAAGUCACGCCACAAAUCAAAGAACUUCAAAAUAUUUCUGAGGAAAUGACUUCAACCAAGUCUCUCAAACACCAACUCCCAUCAGUGGCUGAAACUGCCACUCAGAUUAUCUCGACUAAAAUUUCAAGCCAGAAAGUUUUACAAGAAGAGAAAGAAACAGUUUUACAGAAUCCAGCACCAGAAAAGCCAGCUUCUGGCCAUCUUCCUCCAGCUUUUGAUGAUGUCAUUCACGUUAUACGCCAUAGCAGUUACCGUAUGGGGAGUGAGCUAGUGAAGGAAUCUGUGGUUCAAAAUGUAGAUGUUGGUAAAUUUAUCAACAUUGCAAGGGAUAAUUCAGAAACGAGAAAAGUGAAGUCAAAUUGCUCUGAAGCUACAAACUCGGAGUCAAAUAUUUCUGAUAAUUUGGAAAUUAGAAACCUGAGUACUCCUAAAUCUCCUAAUGUUAAAUCUUCGAGUUUCUCUGACUCGUUGAGCUUGAAAUCAAGUAUUUCUGACCAUCCUAGUGUUAAGAAACAAGAUGUGAAAACCCCUGAUACUCUUCUUUCAAAAUCUGAUUCCACUGGCUGUACAAAAUUUAACCCUCCUACAACUGCAGAGGAAGCACCAGUAAAGGAAACUUUGGAUGUCAAAUCUUCCACGCAGAGAGCUGAGGCACUUGAAGGGCUGCUAGAGUUGUCUGCAGAUUUGCUGCAGCAAAAUAGACUCGAGGAACUUUCCAUUGUUCUGAAGCCUUUUGGAAAAGACAAGGUCUCCCCAAGGGAGACAGCAAUUUGGUUAGCCAAGAGUCUAAAAGGGUUGAUGGUUGAUCAUUGAUGAAAGUGGCCAAGUGGGGGAAGAUGUUAAUGAGGUUUCUUAUCCUUGUAAGUCUGCUUGCAUUUGAAUUUUUUUUUAUUGCUUUACUCGCACAUAGCUUUUUAAGUGCCACUUGAAUGAAGUGAAAAAACAGGCUUUAUUGUUUCUUCUCUCAUUUUUGUAUUUCUUUCAGUGCUUUAUUGCUGUUGUAAAUAGAAACCUUACAAAUUAAUAACAUCAACAUACAGCAAACUGUAUGGAUAUCUUCUGGCCAA